ACCACAGACAUUUCAACAUGAACGUCUCAGAGCACUACUUGAAGCAUUAAUAAACAUUUUGUUUUCCUUUCAAACUGAUCAAGUGCACUUGUCCAGCUCUUCAGAUUUACAGCGCACAGUUUUUUUUGUUUAACUGUCUCUGGUGGCAACACAGAAUGACAGUGAUAAAAGGAACAAAAAUUGCAAAACUUCCUACAACCUUGAGACAAAUCUGAUAGGCCUGGCCCCCUUUUUCUUAGUUAUCAUAUAAGCCUAUUUGCACUCAAAACAAAUCAUUAGGGAAAGGAUCCACAGCCACCCAGUCCACAGCAGCAAACUUUCCAACAUUUGUCAGUACGAUGAGCCGCAGUGUUUUGGGACUACAAUCCCUGCAUAGAUUGCUUUGUGGGAGAGCACUAUUUUACAGGAAGACACUCGUGGUUAAGUGCCGGGAAGUAUUGCAGCCUGCUGUGAGCCAACAGAAAAGACCUGUCAGCUUAUCUGCUGUAUUCUGGAACCACAGGUCAGAUGAUGAAAUAGUAGUCCACUUUAUUGAUCAAAAUAACCAGAAAUUAACUGCAGUGGGAAAGGAGGAUGAACGUCUGCUUGAGAUGGUAAAACGUAACUUAAAUAUUGAUGGAUUUGGUGCAUGUGAAGGAACGCUGUCAUGUGCAACGUGCCACUUAAUCUUGGACAGGGAUACCUAUGAGUCUUUGGAUGAGAUUACUGAUGAAGAACUGGACAUGUUGGAUUUAGCCUUUGAACUGACAAGCACGUCCCGACUGGGUUGUCAGAUUUGUCUGAAGAAAUCUUUGGAUGGCAUUACUGUGAAAAUACCAAGCCGUUUUUCUGCUGUAAGAAUGGCAGUCAAUGCGAAAGAGCAGUCAUAAAAAGGAGCUGCCACAGUCUUGUUACAUCUCUUGGCAGCAAGUUUCAGUUCCAACCUUCACAAAGUUUAUGUGCCAAACAUCCACCCAUCAAGCCACUUAGUUCAAGCUGGAUCCAGAUAAAGCUGCAGUAUCUCAGCUAUCAUCCAAGGGGAAAUUCUUUACAGCAGUAUUAUCAUUAGUUCAGAGUUUUAUUUUGGAAAGGAACCACUGCUAAUAUUCAACUUUGGACUCUUGCUUUUCACUGGUAAUUAAUACAGGAAGGUACCUACUCAACCUGAUGUUAAAUACACACAAGAACAAUUACGUAAAGACAUAUCUGUAUUGGGUUUGGGUUUUGCGUAAAUUAACUUGGCAGAAUGGUCAGAGGGCACAUAUUGACUUGCACAUGAUUGGUUUCUGUUUCAGUUGCAUGGACCGUGUGUGUCCAUCUCCAACAAUUGCCUCCUGUGGAACGUCCCUCAGUAAUUAUGCUGUAUCCUUGGCAAACAGAUUCCUAACUAGGUAAUGACUUAAGUGCAGUUAGCAAAGGCUGAGAUGAUCAAAAUUAAUCUCACAGCUAGUUUCAAAAGAAGCACUUGUUAGACCGAAAUAGCCUCAGGCCUGAGGCAGAAGGUGAAAGUUUAGUGUCAAAACUACUGUACCAUAAUGUGACUUAGAGAUACUGUUACUUAUUAACUCACAGCAUCACAGGUCCAAAUGAUUCAACAGUUGCAGUGACUGUAAGUUCUAAACAUCAUGUUUGUAAACAUCAUCUAAGCAUCAUGUUUGUAACUUAUCAAUGGCCUGCUGGGUCAAGAGCCAAAUCCCAGUUCCAAUCCACACUUUUCAGAAUCAGAAUCAGAUUUAACAUUACUGGCAUAUGUCGUGAAAUUUGAUGUCUUUGCAUUGCAAUACAUAAUAAUAGUCAAAAACUGUGAAUUACAGUAAAUAUGUGUGUAUAUAUAUAUAUAUAUAUAUAUAUACAUACAUACACAUAAUAGUUAAAUUAAAUAAACAGUGCAGACAUAAAAAUUUAAAAAGUAGUGAGGUAAUGCUCAUGGAUUCAAUAUCCAUUCAGAAAUUGGAUGGCAGAGGGGACUCCUGAAUAUUUGAGUGUGUGCCUUCAGGCUCCUGUACCUGCUUCCUGAUGGUAACAAUAAGAACAAGGCACGUCCUGGGUUAUGGGGAUUCUUAAUGAUGGAAUCCAACUUUCCAGGGCAUCGCUCCUUGAAGGUAUCCUGGAUACUACGGAGGCCAGAGCCCAUGUCAGAGCUGACUAAGUUUACAACUCUCUACAGCUCACUUUGAUCCUCUACAACUCCCUGCAGCUUAUUUUGAUCCUGAAACAUUUAAUAUAGUUUGGUAAUAUUUUUAAUAUGUGACUUCAACAGCUUCCAUUCUGAAUUGUAUUCCAGGUUCCAAAUUUAAAUAUAAACAAUAGACAAUGGGUGCAGGAGUAGGCCAUUCAGCCCUUCUAGCCAACACCACCAUUCACUGUGAUCAUGGCUGAUCAUCCACAAUCAGUACCCAGUUCCUGCCUUAUCCCCAUAACCUUUGAUUCCACUAACUUUAAGAGCUCUAUCCAUUUCUUUCUUGAAAGCAUCCAGAGACUUGGCCUCCACAGCCUUCUGGGGCAGAGCAUUCCAUAUAUGCACCACUCUCUGGGUGAAAAAGUUUUUCCUCAACUCCUUUCUAAAUGGCCUACCCUUAUUCUUAAACUGUGGCCUCUUGUUCUGGACUCACCUAUCAGCGGGAACGUGCUUCCUGCCUCCAGCGUGUCCAAUCCCUUAAUAAUCUUAAACAACAGGAA